AUAAGCACAGGGAAACUAGUAUCCCUCUCAGAGCAAGAGCUAGUGGAUUGUGACACAAAAGGAGUGGACCAAGGGUGUGAAGGGGGUUACAUGGAAGAUGGGUUUGAAUUCAUCAUAAAGAAUGGUGGAAUCAGCAGUGAGGCUAAGUACCCUUACAAGGCAGUUGAUGGGACAUGCAACAAAGCAGAUGCAGCCUCCCCAGUGGCUCAGAUUAAGGGCUAUGAGAAGGUUCCUCCCAACAGCGAGAAGGCACUCCAAAAAGCAGUGGCAAACCAACCAGUGUCCGUUUCUAUUGAUGCAGAUGGUGCAGGCUUCAUGUUUUACUCAAGUGGGAUUUACAAUGGAGAAUGUGGAACACAGCUAGACCAUGGUGUCACUGCAGUUGGUUAUGGCACAGCUAAUGGAACUGAGUAUUGGCUUGUCAAGAAUUCAUGGGGCACACAGUGGGGUGAGCAAGGUUACGUGAGGAUGCAACGUGGUAUUGCUGCCAAGCAUGGUUUAUGUGGAAUUGCCUUGGAUUCAUCUUAUCCAACUGUUUAAAUAG